UUGGUUCGUAUGUCAGUGGACUGCUAGCUAAUUUACAACUCGUGGAAUAAUAUAUUAAUUAAAUUACGUGUUAAAACUAGCUGUCUGACAUUUAUUAUGUUACAUAACUUAACCUGAAGUCGCUUGAAUAACGCAUAGUUACGUUCGUAAUGUUAGCUAGCUAGAUAGUUAACUUACCACAAAGCACUUCAACUUAUCUAGCAGGCUAGCGAGGUUUACCAAUUUGGCUCUAACGUUAGCUUUAUUUUGCAGUGUUCUUUCAGUUUACAGGCUAACUAACGUUAACAUACACAGGCUAAUCUAAAUUAACCAGUUAACUAUUUGUAAAUCAACAGAUUUCAAGUAUCAGCUAUUGUUUAUGUUUGCACAUGUAGCUAGGGGCGUAUGUAACGUUAGCCAGCAGGCUAGCUGAAGGGAACUUAAGGUAAUUUAUUUGCUUGUUAGCUAACGUUAGGUAAAGAAGAUUCAUUACCACCCAGUUGCUUAAAAUGGACACUUACCAUGUCUUGGAGAUGAUAGGAGAAGGUUCGUUUGGGCGUGUCUACAAAGGACGCAAGAAGUUCAGUGGCCAGGUCGUGGCCCUUAAGUUCAUUCCGAAGGUGGGCCGUUCAGAAAAGGAACUACGCAGUCUGAAGAGGGAGAUUGACAUCAUGAGAGGACUGAGACAUCCUAACAUUGUGCUGUUGCUCGACAGCUUUGAGACUGAGAGAGAGGUUGUUGUUGUGACGGAGUACGCAGAAGGAGAGCUUUUUCAAAUUCUAGAGGAUGACGGAAAUUUGCCUGAAACCCAGGUGCGUGAGAUAGCUUGCCAGCUGGUCUCGGCCUUGUACUAUUUGCAUUCUCAUCGUAUACUUCAUCGGGACAUGAAACCUCAGAACAUUCUUUUGGGAAAAGGUGGAGUUGUGAAGCUGUGUGAUUUUGGGUUUGCCCGUGCCAUGAGUGUUUCCACGCUCGUUCUGACCUCCAUCAAGGGCACUCCCCUCUACAUGUCUCCAGAACUGGUGGAGGAGAAGCCGUACGACCACACGGCUGACCUGUGGUCCCUCGGCUGUAUCCUGUAUGAGCUCCACACCGGAGUGCCGCCGUUCUACACCAACUCCAUCUUUCAGCUGGUUCAGCUGAUAGUCAGAGAUCCAGUCAAGUGGCCAGAAAGCAUGAGCCAGGGUUGCACGAGUUUCCUGAAAGGCUUGCUAACAAAAGACCCCCAGAAGCGGCUGUCAUGGCCAGACCUCUUGGAGCAUCCUUUCGUUGCGGAUGGAGUUUUAGACGGCAGCUCUGACAGCCCGCUGACUGUGACUCCGAGCACGGACCAGCAGGCUCUGAAACUGAAGCAGGCCAAGGAGAAAGCAGCGCCCCGCUGUGGCGAGGGCAAGUUACUGCGCAAAGCCAGGGACCUGAGAGGCAAAGGCAAGGCAAGCAAACAGGAUUUUUCAACGAGUCCGCGAGUGGGCAGUGGAAAGGGAGAUCGCUCUGACAAGGCACUUCUGGGAUCAGCUGCUGAUGGAAGUAUGCCUUCUGAGGAUUGGUCCGCAUCGUCCCCAGAUAUUAUGGAUAAAGAUGCAGUGAAAACCUCCGCCAUUCUGUCUUUCGCAAAACAACCACAGGCAGCCAAGACAUUGGAAGACAGGAUGGGUCCCAUCAGCAGAGAUUAUGCACAAGAGUUUCCCUCUGUGGAGGUCGGGCCCAGACAGGUCCUGAAGCACCAGUCCACGGACCGUUGUAGUCUGGGAUCUGUCAGGCUCGAGAGUGAGGAUAUUGACAGUGAUGAGGAGUGGAUGCACUUGGUCCAAACCACAAACCCAGAGAAUCAGACCUCUGUCGGCUUGGAUCAAACCAUCCUGGAUCGUCUGAAGGAGCGGUUGCUUGCUUCCAGAGCUCAGCUGCUGGAUGGUGUGCUGGAAGGGGCGUGUGGAAUCAGUCGGCCUCUGAAAGUGCUUAGCAACCUGCUGGCCUGGAGAGAGGACGCAGAGGAGUCCAUGAGCGUGGCCCUGAAAAUGGACCUGCCUCACUUCCUGUUCGACAUGAUUGAGGAAAUCAUGGGGAAUGCAGCUGUGAAGCAGCAACCGUGGUGUGUAGCAGUACUAGGAGACCUGAUGUCAGCACUCCUGCUGUACUGGGAAAGACACUAUAACUGGGAAGCAGAUGGAAAAAGUUUAGAAGAACAUGCCAAGCCCUUCCUCAGUAUUCUUUUCCACCUUGACAUGGCUCCUAUCAUACCCCAGGCCGCGUCUGUGCUGGCCCUGUUUGUUUACCGUGGAGUUUCUGUGGACCUUCGUGCUGACAAGUUCAUAGCGGCAAUGGAGGCUUCUUUGCACAGUCCAGUAGAGCAUCGCGUCUGCCUGCCACAAGACUGGGGACUUUGGGACGGCCUGGUGGCACUGCUCCUCCUGUCACUUUCUGAGGGUGAGAGUUGCUCGGUCUCAGAGUUUCUGGAUUCUCGCCUCUGGCAGCUCCUAUGGAUCAGAGUUGGUGAUGCAUUGGGGGAGAUGCCACCCAACAGGGAUUUCUUAUCACUCCGUGGUCUGCAAAUCUUUCUUUCUUUGGCUCUAUUUAUCUUCAUCAGGGAGCCAUACAGCUGCGUUCCUCUAUUUUCUAAUAGUAACACAAAAUCCCUGCCCACCCUAAGCUGUCUUCUCACAUCUGAUUGUACCUCGGAGAGGGAGACGCCCACAGAAGAGAGACUUUCCCACCCGUGGAGUGAUCCAAGCCCAAACAGCCUAUCGAUGAUGAGCUGCCACCUGCUGUGCUUCCCAUUCGCCCUCGAGGUGCCUGACGAAACGAUGGCGAGAAUUCUUCAAACGUAUCACAGCUGUGACAUUGUCUCGCGUCUGCUGCAGCUGGUGCUGGUUCUCCCUCUCUGCCUCCUGGAGCUGCCCCUGUCCUUGCUCUGCCACCUCCUGCUGUACGACCCCGGGCACGCGGUCCCGCGCUUCACCGCCGCGGCGGAGGCCUGCGGCUUCUUCCUGCCUCCCGGCGCACAGGCCGACGGCGGCGAGCAAGGCGGGGGCGAGACGGGCCGGGCGUGGGAGAGGACGGCCGGCGGGGGCGAGACGGGCCGGCCGUGGGAGAGGACGGCCAGCUCCCUCCUGGCCGCCUUCCUCCGGUCGGAGGCGCUGUCCGGCUCGGCGGUGGAGCUCAUCUCGCUGGUCUCGCAGACGGCCCGCUCCUCGCUCCUCCCGCCCUUCUCGGCCCUCUACGUGGACCCGGCCCCGCUGCGGGCCGCCCUCGCCCACCCGGACGACCGCAUCCGGGCCGCCACCUGCAGCCUGCUGGGGAACCUCGACCCGCUGGCGCCCGGCUGCGGCCCGCUCCUGCUGCCGCUCUUCCGCACCAUGAGCGACCAGCUGCACGACCCCGGCCUGGCCCUGCGCAGGGCCGCCUGCCGGGCCGUGGGCAACUGGCUGGGGCUCGUGGGACGGGCGCACUCCCGCAGCGGCUCUGAGCCCGUGAAAGAGGGCGGCGGCUCUUCCGGUGUCGCGGGGGAGACGAACGCGGGGAAGGAAACGGCGUCCGUCGUGCCGGGCGGGCGGGAUCGGGCUCGCGUCGAACAGGAGGUCGGUCGGUGGGCGGAGUCCGCGCGGGAGACGGCCCCCGUCCUGCUGCCCCUCCUCCGGGACCCCGACCCCCUGAUUCGCCGGCACUGCUGUGCCGCCCUGGGAAACAUGGCGGCCAUCAGAGGGGGAGGGGCCUCGCUGCUGCAGUGCGACGCCCCCAACGCGCUGCUCCAGAUCGCCUGCGCGGACUCCCAGAAUGCCGUGCGGCAGGCAGCCCUCGCCAGCCUCUGGCUCUUCAGUCAGCAGGACCUUCUGCGGCAGGCCCUGGUGUCUAUGGACAUUGAGGAGAAACUGCAACACGUUUCCCAGUACACAUCCUCACCAUGUCAGUACAACAGGCUGAUGAACCAACUCCGGCCCCAGUGAAUUCACAUCGGGGGCAAGUUCCUAAUUUUGGUCGUCAGAUUAAAAAGGUACAGAUGGCUCAUCGCUGACCUCCAUUCCAGGGGUAUUGGAAACACUAAGGUGUGGACAAUUAAGACAAUUCUGGACAGUGCAGUCCAUCCGUUUUCUCUUCCGAUGUGUGUGAAGUUUAAGCAGAUGUAUAUAUUUUUUCCCUAUGCUCACAAUCCACUUCAGAGAUUCACCGACUCAUUACUUGUAUAAAUAUGUAAAAAAUGUUUUGCUUUUUACUCAAUCAAGGCCAAUUACUGGGACCCUGAAAAUGUGGAAAGUGUUUUUAUUGUAUUUAUAUUCUGUAAUUUUAGGCUGAAACUCUGUGUUCUCAAGAAUAAACCCUUGUGUUUCCUCA